AUGGCAGUGGUGGCACCACCGCCAAACGAUCGAAAGCGGGUCAAGGUCUAUGAAUUGAGAGAUAAUGACUGGUUUGAUAGAGGCACAGGCCUGUGCUCUGCCCAGGUCAUCGAUGACGAACCGAGAAUCUACGUGGAGUCGGAGGAUGAGCCAGAUCAUGAUUCCCUCUCCGAUGAUGCUCUCGAUUCCAGCUUCUCCAAUCCCAUAAUCCUUCCUGCCCCGGAACUUGGCAACCUGGCUGAGAUUGAGCAACGAAUACGACAAGCCAGCAUCGGUCCUGGACGAGAUUCGCUCACCAAAUUUUUAGUCCGAGAAGAAUAUCUCCUUAAACUUCUACCGCUGGUCAGCGACGCUGAGGACCUGGAAAGUCUUCCGGAUCUACAUCGAUUAUGUAAUAUUAUGAAAUCCAUCAUCCUGCUCAACGAUAAUACCCUAAUAGAACUCGUCGUGAGCGAUCAUGUUAUCAGUGGAGUCGUUGGCGCCCUUGAAUAUGACCCCGAUUUCCCAACCCAUAAAGCAAAUCAUCGUCAAUACCUUAACGAUCGCAGUCGAUACAAGGAGGUUGUCCCAAUCAAGGACCCCAUAAUUCUCCGCAAAAUCAGACACACCUGGAGGCUACAGUAUCUAAAGGAUGUUGUUCUCGCGCGAAUUCUCGAUGAUCCCACCUUUUCCGUGCUAAACUCCCUAAUAUUCUUCAACCAAGUUGAUAUCGUCCAGCACCUCCAAACCAACACGCCUUUCCUCAACGAACUUUUCUCUAUAUUCAACCCGAAAAACACAGACAACAAGAGAAAAGAAGACGCUGUGCAGUUCCUUCACCAAUGCGCAGCCAUUGCAAAAAACCUCCAAGCCCCGGCCCGCGCCAACCUCUUCGCAAACUUCAUAGGCCAUGGCCUCUUCUCAGUCAUCGCAUUUGCUGUGAAACACCCCAACCCCGCCCUGCGAACCACUGGCAUUGACAUCUUGGUUGCCCUACUGGACCACGACCCGCUCAUGAUUCGCGGAUACAUGCUGAAAGCUGUGAAUGAGCAUAAAGUGCCACUAACAGAUACACUCAUAGAUUUGCUGCAUGCGGAGACGGACUUGGGUGUUAAAAACCAACUGGCGGAUGCGAUUAAAGUUCUUUUGGAUCCACAAGUGCCCAUCCAGGAUCCGAUGAGUAGGGCUGGAGCAGAUUUCCUAACAAAACUGCGCUCACAGAAUCCAAUUCCCGAUACCUUCGUGCAGAACCACUUCGAUGAAUCUGCGAAAAGGCUCUUUUUGCCGUUGAAGAAGAUGGAGCCUAGGCAAUCGACCGCUUUGAAAUUUUUUCGCACUUUGAUAAGUUUACAAGAUACCUUUUACGUUGCCCAGAUGACCCACAACAACAUAUUCGAAUUAAUUCUAAACAUCGUCUAUGAAACCAUGCCGCGCGACAGCCUGCUAAACUCCGCAUGUCUGGAUCUCUUCGAAUUCGUGAAGCGCGAAAAUAUCAAAACUAUAAUCGUCCACGUUGUCGAGAAUUAUAGAGAUAUUCUCAAGAACAUCACGUAUGUUGACACAUUCCAGAAUCUGAUACUACGCUAUGAUCAACUACAGGGAUACGGAGUCGCGCCGGAUGUGACGUUGUUCAGCCAGGACGAAUCGGUGGGAACCCCGCGAAUGCUCAUCAAUGGUGGUCAGCGAUGGCAUGGUGUUAGGGAGAUGGAUGCCGCGGAGGAGGAGUACUUCGAUACCUCGGAUGACGAGGAAGAUGAGGUAUGCUUCUCGUCUCGUGAAUUUAAACAUGACGAAUGGGAGGGAGUUGGGCAAGAACAUGACAUGAGCGUCAAGUUCAGUCAGGCGCAUUGUUAUCGUGAUGGGACAUCGGUACUCAUUGUCGAUUGCCAACAGGACAAACCACAGCGGAUGGAUGCCACGGCGACGAAUGCGAAUGCGAAUGCGAACGUGAACCCGCCGACGGCUAUCGCGGUUAACGGAUCUGCGUCGCCUAUUGUCAAACCCUUGGUCGAUUACCCGGACGAUGACGACGAGGAGGACGUAAUGGAUAUAAAUGUCCAAAGUCAGCAACCGCAACAGACAGAACUCCAACCGUCAGACUCGCUAGCCAGCUCCAUUGAGCAAUCAGAACAACUACGACCGCAAACACAAACACAGUCCGAGCCAACCUCAACGACGUCACCAGACCGUUCCGCCACCCUCAGCCCACGUCUCCCCCCUUACCGCUACACAGAGAAACGCCGGCGCGAAGAAGACGAUGACGACGAUGAACUCGUCAAGUUAUCCUCGGGCACGAAACGGCGGAGCUCAAGCCUUAGCAGCAUCGGCUCAUCGGGAAGCAUCGGAAUUGGUAUUAGCUCAUUGAGAAAGAAGAAGAGUUUCUCCGGCGUGGGGAAGAAUGAUGAACGCGAGCGUGAGAGUGGCAAUUUUGAUGAUGGGACAGGGCCAAUGAAAUCUGCAGCGGCGGCAACGACCGUGACGACGACAACAACAACGACAGGAACAGGAACAGGGACUGCUGGUGCUGGUGUUGGCGCGGUCGGGAAGAAGAUUUCGAUUAAUCUGAACUUGUCGACAUUGAAAGCUGAUCCGGCUGGGGCCAAGAAAAGAACUGUGGGAACGGGAACGGGACCCGAGCUUGGAACCGGGACCGAACCCGGAACCCGAACGAGUCCGAAAGCGGGCAGGCCCACCGCAUCCACAUCCAUCACUGCUGGCGACGAAAGCGAUGAUGGUGGCGGUAGUGGCGGUGGUGGUGGUGGGGAUCAUGGAGGCCCCGAAGCCAGGGUUGAUGUCGAUACUAAAUAG